AUGAGUUCCUACGUAGCCAAUUCGUUCUAUAAGCAAAAUCAAAAUGUUCCUGCCUAUUCCAUGCAAAGUUAUGGGAAUUAUGGAUCUGUGUCUGAGGUUCAGCCAUCCAGGUAUUGCUACAGUGGGCUGGAUCUGAGCAUUACAUUCCCUUCAUCUGGGGCUUCCAACUCUCUGAACGGUGUGGACAUGUCUUCAGCCCCCAGAUCUAACCCAGACCGACCUUCCUGUACAGUCAUGGGAUCUUCAGGGCACACUUUAGGCAGAGACGACCAGACUCCUCUAAACCCAGGAAUUUACAGUCAGAAAGCUGGUAACAACAACAACAGCAACACGCCGUUGGAAGAUAGAUCUAAGAGCAGUGGGGAAAUCAAGAGUGAACCGGUGCAAACAGCCCAGCAAAGCGGGCAGCCUGUGCAGCAGCAGCAGCAACAGCAGCAGCAGCAGCCACCACAAAUAUAUCCGUGGAUGACCAAACUACACAUGAGCCACGAAGCAGAUGGCAAACGUUCCAGAACCAGCUACACUCGCUACCAAACUCUGGAACUCGAAAAAGAAUUUCAUUUUAACAGAUAUCUCACCCGCCGUAGGCGCAUAGAGAUCGCCAACAACCUGUGUUUGAAUGAGAGGCAAAUCAAAAUCUGGUUUCAAAACCGGAGGAUGAAAUGGAAGAAAGAUUCCAAAUUGAAAAGCAAAGAGUCUAUCUAGGAUUAGAUGCAGUCCUGAUGGAAGAGUCUAUCGAAGCCUCUUAGACACGAUUGCCAAAUGGAACCUCCAUGGAUACUGGCAGUCUACCUCUCAAUACCAGACGCUGAA